GAGGAGACAGACCCACCAGCGCUGCACGAAGUGGACAACCCAUACGUCUACUUGACUUCGUGCGAAACCCAUCACGAACCGCGGUGGCCCACAGAAGAGAUCAACUUGGCGUCGUUCGUGACCCGAAGGCCAGGGAUGUGGCACAGGAGGUAUUUCAACGAGAUUGGGGAGGAGUUUUUCGUGGAUCUCGAUUAGACGAAGAAGGCCAAGGUGACGAAGGCAACACUUCGACUCCACCAAAGCUGCCAACUUUGGAACCUUUUCCACCUAGCCCACCGGCACACCUAUUUGGGAAGGAGCAUGACUCUCCCCGGGCUGGGCCCAAGUCUGCUGGGCCUAUGCUGGAAAUAUCCGAUGAAGAGAAUGGGGAUGCCUGGUCAUCCCGGGAAAAACAGGGAAGGUUGAGCAGGAGUGCAUCCGUUACGGCCAAUCGAGAUGCACCAAAUCCAAAGGAAGAGGUGGAGCGAGAACGUAGUUUGCCUCAGAAACCUUGGUGGUGCGAAUUGUUAGCAUCACCAGUCAAACGGCUCAGGCUCAACGAUUGGGGCAAAAUGUGGAAUGCGCCCCAACCAGAUUUCAGACUGCCAGACAGUGCUCAAAUUCAGGAGAAUGAUCAACUUGUGGGCGCAGAGGUGACGAAGGAAAGGAAACCAGCCGAGGUUGUGGAGAAGAAGAAGAAGCCGAGCUUCAAAACGCGGCGAACAGAUAUCCCGGUCAGACGGGAGGUAAAGGGAAGGAACCAACUCGGGUUCAAACCCACCAUCAAAAGAGCGGUGGAGUUGGCAAAAUCAAAGCAAAAGAGGGAAGGCAUUUUAACACGGAUCGAAGAAGAUUAUUAUUCGAACUCCUCAAGGGCGGCCAAAGCCUCGAGGAGGAAAUCUAUCAUGAAGAUCCUGGACGCAGCGAAGGCAUCCUACCCUUUGACUCCGGAAUCGAUCAAAAUGCUGGCAGGAGCUUUGAGAGAAGCCGGAUACAAGUCGGCCUACAUGUACAUCAUCGAGGCAAAGACGCAUCACGUGGAAUUGGGCCACGCUUGGACGCAUCUGUUGGACAGGCACUUCAAGCUCACCAUCAGUGCAGCGAAGCGGGGCAUGGGGCCGAGAAAAAAGGCGCCCGAAGUGCAAGAAGACAUUUGGUCUUGCGGGUGCCCCUAUGCCGUGUUGGAGGUCCUGGUGAAUCACGCAAUGCUCAAAGGGUCACCUGACAGCCAUCUUGCAAUCACCGCUGAGGUCCAGCAGGCGACGAAGGCAGAAGUCAUCAAGGCGUGGAGAAAGCUGUAUGGCUCCACGGUCACGGGCCAUUCGGCUCGAAGAUCGGGGGCAUUACAGUACAUAAGGAAGGGUUGGGCCAUAUCACAAGUGGCAUUCUUGGGACGUUGGAAAAGCAGCGUCAUCUUGGAAUACGCGCAGGAAGCCCUAGAAUCUAUGGCGGUCAAUGGAGACAAAAAGUUUGGUGAAGCGCCUUUGAAACAAUCCACUUUGCAAGUGGACAAGGAAGUUUCUGAAUUGGUGCUCCAAGCUCAGUCUCAAGUUCCUCGCGAUCCCGAGGUGAAGCUGGCGGUGGUACAACAGAUCCAGAAAGAACUGGCAAAGCUCAAAGCGAACACGAAGGACUGGAAGUCUGACAUGCAGCUCUUCCAGCUUUGGGCCGAAGGACGGACGGGCUUUCCAUUGGUCGAUGCCAAUAUGCGGGAGCUGCGCAGCUCGGCAGCUGUCGAAGCGAAAGAUUGGCGGCAAGGCGCAGAUUGGUUCGAGAGCUUUCUGGUGGACUAUGACGUCGCCUCCAACUGGGGCAGCUUGCAGACUCUCAGUGUUGUGGUAGUAAAGCAAUGUCAUAGACUAAUGUGGGUAAAACAAUUGUAA